AUGUCGACGUACAACGGCCGGCACGGUGCCAACGUGUCGCACUACCUGCGGGACCUCAACACCAUCAACCCCCAGGACACGACAGCCGACGAUGGCUUCAACAUCGAAGACGACCUCGCUCUCUUCACCAACACACAAUUCUUCGACUUUGACUCGGGCCAAAACUUGGACUUCCAGGCCCAACCCGUCAAGCCCGAUGUCGAGGCCGCUGCCCAAACCAACUCGAGCCCGUCUGAGGACGUGUCUUCGGCGCCUUCUGUCAUGAGCGAUAUGCCCAACCUUGACUUUAUAUCAGGCGACUUCAACUUUCCCGACUUCAACAAUGCCUACACAGCCACACCCAUCAACUCAUUUGCAGAUAGUGCCCAGAACUUUCAGCCCCUGCAGCCAAGCAAUACCCCCGCACAAGUCACCCAACAGCAGACGCAGUUCUUACAGACCGAUCCCCGGCCUGCCGACAAGCGCAAGGCCGAUGCCAUGUCCGGGCCCGGCCAAGAGGUGGCUUACGAGGAGCCGACGCGCGUGGCCGCCGAGGAGGACAAGCGGAGGCGCAACACGGCCGCCAGCGCCCGCUUCCGGAUCAAGAAGAAGCAGCGAGAGCAAGCCCUCGAGAAGUCGGCCAAGGAGAUGACGGAGAAGAUCAAUGGCCUGGAGUCCAAGGUGUCCCAGCUGGAGACGGAGAACAAGUGGCUCAAGAAUCUGCUUGUAGAGAAGAACGAGGGCAGCGACGACAUCACGGCGCUCUGGAAAGAUUUUACAAAGCACGCGAGCGAAAAAAGAAAGGCGGCAUCUGCCAAAGCGUCGGGCCCUGCGGCCGCCAAAGAGGACCGGUGA